UGCUGUCAACAUGCGAGAUGGCGGCUCACCACCGGCAGAACACGGCGGCGCGGAGGAAAGUCCAGGUAUCAUAUGUCAUUCGAGAUGAGGUAGAGAAAUAUAAUCGCAAUGGAGUUAAUGCACUUCAGCUGGAUCCCACGUUAAAUCGACUGUUUACAGCAGGCCGGGAUUCAAUUAUUAGGAUAUGGAGUGUCAACCAACACAAGCAAGAUCCUUAUAUUGCCUCUAUGGAGCACCAUACUGACUGGGUAAAUGAUGUUGUAUUAUGCUGCAAUGGAAAGACCUUAAUAUCAGCUUCAUCUGACACUACAGUGAAAGUGUGGAAUGCUCAUAAAGGAUUUUGUAUGUCUACAUUGCGAACUCACAAGGAUUACGUGAAGGCAUUGGCAUAUGCAAAAGAUAAAGAGUUGGUGGCUUCAGCAGGAUUGGACAGACAGAUUUUCCUCUGGGAUGUAAACACUCUUACAGCAUUGACUGCCUCAAACAACACAGUCACAACAUCAUCGCUGAGUGGGAACAAAGACUCCAUUUAUAGCCUUGCAAUGAACCAGAUGGGAACAGUAAUUGUUUCUGGAUCAACUGAAAAGGUUCUGAGAGUUUGGGAUCCCAGGACAUGUGCAAAACUGAUGAAACUUAAAGGCCACACAGAUAACGUGAAAGCUUUACUACUGAACAGAGAUGGAACACAGUGUUUGUCUGGUAGUUCUGAUGGAACUAUCCGCCUGUGGUCUUUGGGACAACAGAGAUGUAUAGCAACAUAUCGGGUUCACGAUGAAGGAGUUUGGGCAUUGCAAGUCAAUGAAGCCUUCACGCAUGUCUACUCUGGAGGAAGAGACAGAAAAAUCUACUGCACAGACCUCCGGAAUCCAGAUAUUAGAGUUCUGAUUUGUGAAGAAAAAGCACCAGUUCUGAAGAUGGAGCUAGAUAGAUCAGCUGAUCCUGCCCCAGCUAUAUGGGUAUCCACUACAAAAUCAUCUGUGAAUAAAUGGUCCAUGAAGGGUAUUCACAAUUUCAGGGCAUCUGGAGAUUAUGACAAUGACUGCAGUGCUCCCUUAAUUCCACUUUGCACGCAGCCAGAACAAGUAAUCAAAGGGGGUGCCAGCAUCAUCCAGUGCCAUAUACUGAAUGAUAAGAGACACAUCGUAACCAAAGAUACCAACAACAUUGUGGCAUUCUGGGAUGUACUGAAGGCUUGCAAGGUGGAAGACCUUGGAAAAGUAGAAUUUGAAGAAGAAAUCAAGAAAAGGUUUAAAAUGGUUUAUGUGCCAAACUGGUUCUCAGUGGACUUAAAAACAGGGAUGUUGACAAUUACUUUAGACGAGAGUGACUGCUUUGCUGCCUGGGUGUCAGCAAAGGAUGCUGGAUUUAGCAGUCCAGAUGGAUCCGACCCAAAGCUGAAUCUUGGAGGACUGUUGCUUCAGGCUUUGUUGGAGUAUUGGCCAAGAACACACAUUAUUCCUAUGGAUGAAGAGGAAAAUGAAAUGAAUAUAGUUAACGGUGAGCAAGAGAACAGAAUUCAGAAAGGCAAUGGAUAUUUCCAGGUGCCACCGCACACUCCAGUCAUAUUUGGUGAAGCAGGGGGUCGCACGCUCUUCAGGCUUUUGUGUCGAGAUGCAGGGGGUGAAACAGAGUCCAUGCUUCUGAAUGAAACUGUGCCUCAGUGGGUCAUCGACAUCACCGUAGACAAGAACAUGCCGAAAUUCAACAAAAUCCCAUUCUACCUCCAACCUCAUUCUUCUUCGGGAGCAAAAACACUUAAGAAGGAUCGUUUAUCGGCCAGUGAUAUGCUACAGGUUCGAAAGGUGAUGGAGCAUGUUUACGAGAAGAUCAUCAACCUGGAUAAUGAGUCGCAAACAACAAGCUCUUCAAACAAUGAGAAACCUGGAGAACAGGACAAGGAAGAAGAUAUUGCUGUGCUAGCCGAGGAGAAGAUCGAACUUCUCUGCCAAGAUCAGGUGCUUGAUCCAAACAUGGAUCUGCGGACAGUGAAGCACUUCAUUUGGAAAAGCGGAGGGGACCUGACACUUCAUUAUCGGCAGAAGUCAACGUGAUGUCCUUUCAAGGAAGCAAAGGGCUUGACUCGUAGAAGCCAAUAGUUUCAUUCUGAACUUUCCCUCCGCGCCUAAUUUCAUUCCCUGUACUGGGUAAAAAGAGUAGUAACAGCGCCCCUUGCACCGCUGCAUUUCAGACCCAGCUCGUUGAUUAAUUUAAUCCUGUGUGGGGAAAGGCGCCAAAUGAUGCGGGCAUUUCCAAUGUUAUAUAAUUUAGAAAGAAUGCAGAAUGUAAAUUAAACAAUCCCAGUGCACUGUCUUAAUGGGCAGGCCACAGGUUAUGAUAGAUUUAUAGUGUGGGUUAAUACACUGUGCAAGGUAAAAUACAUAAAUGCUCCAGAUAAUGGACAUAACCACCUCAUCCAGUAGGUGUCACUUUAUUUGUUCCUAACACAUUGUUGCCUUCUCAGAUAUGUCUGCAUGGGCACCACACUAGCUGCCGUAGUCUCCUUACGACAUGUGAUGUUAUCUGUCACUGUGAAUUGUGUUUCCAUACAUUCCAGGCAUUUUUUCGAUGGCAUCUAAAUGUCAGCAGUCUCGAUGGCUCCUUUGUGAAGUAGGGUGGCUGAAUGGAAUCAAAAGGGAAUGUGCAAAGAGCAGGUUCAUUGCUUGUCUUGGCACCAAGCUGUAUCCCCAGCUGUAAGCUAAAUGUAAAUUGUACCCCAGAUUGACUGUUCUCAGUAUUUAUGUUUGUACGUUUUAUUCAGUUUAAUUAGCGGUGCUACAUCUAUCAGAGCUAAUCCAGCAGAGAUGAUACUUUUAACUGGAAAGCGAACAAAAUCCAGGUAGCAGGGCAAGUAGGGACAAUUUCAGGGUUACGGGGUCAAGUUCUUUGUUAGAAUGAUCAGCAGCGGGUAUGGUUUUACCUGAAAGUGACUCCAUCCAGGCUAAGAGAAAGUGGUAUACGAUAAAGGAAUGGUAGUAUGAUUUGGUUCUCCUAAAGAAAAAAAUCCAGUUGUCUGAAUGACCACCUACAUCCAGAUCCUAUCUUGGGAGGAGUUUGAUGUAAAUACUGUACUUUUUUAUUCAGCUGACUAUUAAAUGACAAUUUUUUAAAACUUUUUUUUAAGAAGGAAAGCUUUUGAGACUUUGUAGCUGAUCGCAAAUUUUUUUUUGGAUACUAGAAAUCCAGAGUUGAAACAUUAAGGCUUAAAUAAAGUAAUAUUUAAACCAAUGCAGUACUUUCAAUCUAACAAUACUGUAGCUACACAGAACUGACAGGAUACCCUUGAAGCUGUUGAUGUCUUGAACCCAAACUCCAGUUCAUAUUUUCAAUUGUAAACUUUAGUUGUUGGGUACAGCUGAUAAAUCUAAAUGAAUGUAGAAGUAAAGGACAAUUAAGUUCAUUAUGCGGAGGCAAGUCAUUGCCUUUUUAUGCAUUGAUCCAUUUUGUCCAUUGGAUUUUGUUGUUGUUUCUCUCUACCCAUUAAUCUGUGUACACCAGCUCAUUUCUGUAUUGAAAUUAAAAGUUUUGUGUACUUGUAGAAGUGGCAAAACAAGGCUGUUAAUGUUUCUUGUACCAGAGUGCCUGAGAAAGGAGAAUCUAGCUCUGAAUUGAAAGGAAGUGAAAUCACCAUGCAAAGGACCAUUUAAGGAUAGAAUCAGCAUUCAUUAUCCUCGACUGUUUUGUUUCUCCCAUGUUUAUAUAAUGUUGUGGGAAAACUAUCUUCAGAUUCAGUUUGGGGGCUUGCACUUUUAACUAUUGAUCUGUUGAACUUGUACUCCUAGCAGCAACCCUGAUGUAGAUGGCAGACCUGCUGUGGUUGGCCACUUGUUGCCUAUUCAGAAUUAUCCAUCCAAGUUGCUGCUGAUUCGCAAAGGCAGCUGGACAGGAGUCUACAAUCCAGCCACUUCAGAGCUGAUGUGAAAUAGUUCAAGGACUCUGAGGAAGUCUUUCUUGUGUAAAGACAUUGUGCAUCUGCAUCAUUUUGGCGAACUGCCAGCCCUAGGUCACUGCCGUGCUCUCUCCUCGAAAUUAGAAGGGUGUGGAUACAAAUCCCACUUCAGGGUUAAACCUAUGCUGACGCUCCAUUGCAGUUCCAGGGGUCUGCUACACUGUCAGAAAUGCUGACUUUCGGACGAGAAGCUAAACUGAGGCCCCUUCUACCUUCUCGGGUGAGCGAUAUUGAUCCCAUGAUAUUAUCUUGAACUUUGAGCAGGGCUUGAAUAUUUAUCUCUUCAACCAUAAGCAGUACCUUUGAAUAAAGCAUUAGUGAUUGUAUGGGCCGUAAAUUGCAAAAAAAUGGCAGUAGUGUUCCCUGUGUUAUAACAGUGAGAAUACUUCACACAUGAAUCAUUGGCUGUAAUAUUUUUCCAGGUACCUGAAAUUAGAAUAGAAGGUGGGACUCGUUUUCCACACAUUUUGUUUUCAUAAUUCCAAAAAAACUUGUUUCCAGACAAACAUUUAGGACUCAUGCUUUAUAACUAACUAUAUUGUUAUUGGAAGAGAAACUGUAACACACCCCUACUUGCAUCAGUCUUUUCCUCUUGCCUUCUGCCUGAUGUGUCAGUAUUAAACAUGCCGUUUAUCUGUUUACCUACUAU